AUGCCACCGAAAGGCAAGAAAGGCCAAGACAAGGGCAAGUCCGGCGAGGAGGAGCGAGAUGAGCCGCUGCAGGCUGUGAUACUCGCGGAUCCUUUCGAGACACGCUUCAGUCCCUUCACACUCGAGCACCCAAGAUGCCUUCUGCCCCUCGCGAAUACCCCGCUCAUCGAGUACACGUUCGAGUUUCUCGCCAAUGCCGGCGUGGAGGAGGUCUUUGUAUACUGCGGCGCACACAGGGAACAGGUUGAAGACUACAUCAAGGCCUCGCGAUGGUCCUCCAAAUCGUCACCCUUCUCGCGACUGGAGCUGAUCCAGUCGACGUCACAUUCCAUCGGCGAUGCGAUGCGAGAUCUGGACAGCAGAGGCCUGCUGGUUGGCGACUUCCUCUUGGUCUAUGGCGAUGUGGUCAGCAAUCUACCCCUCGAGUCUGCACUCGCAGCGCAUAGGGCGCGGCGGGCCAAGGACAAGAACGCUAUCAUGACCAUGGUGCUGCGCGAGGCAGGCGCGACUCACAGGACGAAAGCCCAAGGCACAAGUCCCGUCUUCGUAAUUGACCCGCAGAAAGACAGAUGCCUACACUUCGAACAGAUGCCGAACCGAGACCAGACGCACUACCUCUCCAUCGACCCCGAACUGCUCUCCACCCACCAGGAGCUCGAAGUCCGCCAAGACCUGAUCGACUGCGGCAUCGACAUCUGCACACCCGACGUGCUUGCGUUAUGGAGCGACAACUUUGAUUUCCAAGCGCCUCGCAAGGGCUUCCUACACAGCGUGCUCAAAGACUACGAGCUCAACGGCAAGACGUUCCACACACACAUCAUCUCAGAUCACUACGCGGCAAGAGUACGGAAUCUCCACGCAUACGAAUCGGUCAGUAAGGAUAUCGUCUCGCGAUGGGCAUACCCGCUGUGUCCGGACAGCAACCUCGUUCAAGGACAGUCAUAUCGGUUACAGAAGGGCAACACAUACAAAGAGGAGGGGGUCAUACUUGCGCGCGACUGUGUCAUCGGGCCAAAGACAGUCAUCGGUCGGGGCACCAGCAUAGGCGAUAAGAGCGUCAUCACCAACAGCAUCAUCGGGAGGCAUUGUCAGAUCGGCCGGAAUGUCAAGAUUGACGGAGCGUAUAUUUGGGACUACGCCAGCAUAGCAGACGGCAGUACGGUUACCAAGGCCAUCCUCGCAAAUGAGGUCUCUAUAGGCCGCAGAUGUACCAUCGAAGCUGGUGCUCUGAUCUCGUAUGGGGUCAGCAUCAGCGAGGGUAUGACGAUACGAGGAGAGCACAGAAUUACAAGAGCAAAGCGGAGACGAGAACAAGGAGAGGAGGUUGUCCGUGGCGAUGCAGACCCUGCGAUAGUUGGCGAGAAAGGCGACGGCUUUGAAUUCCACGACUCUGACGAGGAUGAUGAGGACGAGCUGGUGGAUGGUCUGGCUACCAAGGGCUCAAGUGAGUACAUUUUCAACAGCGACUGCCGAUAUGCGCUAACAAAGGCAGUGUACACAUUCUCAAACGAGUCAAUAUCCACAAUCAACUCGGAUUCAGAAGCAGACAUGAUGGGCAUGGAACGCCACGACAGAUCUGCGACGAGUAGUUUCCUGUCUGUGGGCUCAGCCGACAGUCAACACGCGGCAAACUUCGAUCACGACGCGUCUGCGAGUAUCUACGACUCGCUAGUCGAAGGCCAUGAAUCCGCCAAUAUCCAACUGGAACUCACAGCCCUCCGCAUGAGCACAAACGCGUCGGACCACCAAGUCAGACGCGCAGUCGUCUCCUCCUUCGUCAAGCGCGUCACCCAGCUCACCAAGUCGGGCGAAGCGAUCAAGAGUGCCGUCGCGCAGGUCUUUGGACAGCACAAGGAGCUCAUCGACCGCUCCAUCUUCGACAAGAAUGCUGAAAGCAAGACGGAUCAGAUCGACUUUAUGCUGCUACUCCAAGCCGACCUAUGCAACAAGGAGAACGGCGAUGCGAUUCUGCUGAGCGCAUCAACAAAGCUUGUCGAGUUGGACUCGAUAGAAGAGGAUGGCAUGAUACAAUGGUGGGAAGACGACAAGAGCACCGAGAACGCGGACAUGGAGAAGGUGAGGGAGAAGACGAAGAGCUUGAUCGACUUCUUGCAGCAGGAGAGCGAGGACGAGAGCGAAGAGGAGAGUGACGAAGACUAG